CCGUGAUUCUUCAUCAUUGCCGUUGUAGCAAGGUCCUCAACCCCCCAGUUGCAGGAGAUGAACAAUGCGUUCGGCGUAGCCCGGCGCAUUCCUUGCCCGGGGCUCCGAGCCUCGAGCUGGCUCCUCCCCGUCACUUCAUCACCGCUGCGCUCCGCCCAGCGUCUCUCCACACCUUCUGCUCUCCCAUGGCGUCCGGAUAGCCUCUCCAGGCGCCUUCUGGGCUCCUGGUCAAGUCCGCUGCUUCUUGCAUCUCGCUCUUCCAAACCGUCCCCCGGCUCUCUCUCGAUCCCCGUCCGCUCAUUCAACAGGUCCAGCUCCCUCCGCUCCCGGCAGGCUCCCCCAGUGGAACAUGGCGUCAGUCCUCGCUCCCAACCAUUCUCCGCCGCUGAACUCAAAUCCAUCUUUGGAGCCCGCUCAAAAAUAUCCCCUGCUAUGGGAAACCGGGCCUUGGCCGUUCUACAUGGCCGGCGUCUUCAAGGCACCCUCGACCUAAAACUACCCGCCGAUAUCCACCGCUCCAUACCCCCGCACAGUCUCGAGGCAGCGCUGGUGUAUCUCCGCACGAAGUAUCCGAUGGAUGAGGAUGCCAUGAUCUUAGCCCGGGUCCACCGCGAAAUGGAUGAAGAGGAAGCGAUGGAUACAAAUCGGUAUAAGCCGCAGAGUGGUUCGUACGGGGCCGAGCUGGGCCAGUCAAAUGAUCCUUCCGGCAGAAGUGUCCUGCAAGACUUCCGGGAGAAGAACGAGGCGUGGCUCUUGGCCGAGCAGGAAAGGAAACGCCAGGAAUGGCUACAGGGGGGGCAGCACCACGACGAGAGGCUCAAGCGCUCGCUGGAGACGAAUAGUCUUGCCCUCCAGAAUGUGGAUGAGAAGACUGCCAUGGAAAUUGCCCCGAAAGAUCGGCAACUUGCAGACCCCCGGCAGCGCCCUGUUCUGGCAUGGGUCCAGAAAAACUACUUGGCCGCUCAGGACUUGGAUCUGGACAUUAGCAAGCUCACAAUGAGUCGCCAGCUUCUUCCCUCGCUUGUCUUUAUGUUCCUGACCCUGGGGCUUUGCUAUGCCUUCACCAUGUACUAUGAGCCUCCCGCCAACGCUGACCGGAUGUGGCCCAAUAUCCCUCGAUCCGCUGCAACGACCCUGGCCAUCAUGGGCAUCAAUGUCGGCAUCUUCGGUCUAUGGUGGUUCCCUCCAGCCUGGAGACUCCUCAACCGCUACUUCAUCAACGUCGUCGCCAACCCUAAUCCCCCCUUCAGACUCGUCGGCAGUAUCUUUAGCCAUCAGUACCCCAUGCAUCUGUUUACGAACAUGCUGUGUUUCGCGGCGAUCGCGCCCCGAUUGCACGAUGAAAUCGGCCGAGGCGAAUUUCUCUCCCUCUUCUUAGCCUCGGGCGUUGUCGGCUCUUUCUCAACCGUGGCAGUCCACUGCCUCCAAGCACAAUGGACUGUCACCGCUCUCGGCCUCAGUGGAGCCCUCUCCGGCCUCCUAGCAGCCUACUGCACACUUCACGCAGACCAAAACCUCCAAGCCUCCUUCCUCCCGGAUGAUUGGAAGAAGGUCCUCUCUGCCCCCGGAUGGGCCAUUAUCGCCACAGUGGUCUCCAUCGAUAUCCUCUCUCUGGUCCUGCGACGCCGACUCCGCAACCCACCCAAAAUCGAUCAUUGGUGUCAUCUGGGCGGAUACUUCACAGGAAUCACCUGGGCUUUAUACCGGAGCAAGGAGAUCGAGAGAACCCCCCGCGAGGCUAAUCAUUGGUUCACGUGGCGGUCUUUCAAGGGUUGAGUUCAUCGCCUAUCAGCCGGGACUAGAGUCAAGUAUACCCUGACUCGGCUGAUCUGUAAUUUUAGAUUUAACCGCUGGAAAGCAUGCUAUAUAUGUAUAUAUAUUUCCUCUCUCCUCAAUCUUUCGCGGAUGGCCGCAUCACCCUAGUAUCAAUUCCAUACUCCCUGGUCCG